AUGCAUCAUACAUCCGCAUUGCAUCUGAGUAGAGAUGCAAGCCCUGAGGUCCUCAUUAAAAUGAAGUACGCUUACGUGGCUUUAGUGGCGCUGUGGGUUUAUGACUACGUCACUACUUUGGAUGAAGAGCUGCCAUUCAUUGCAAGGUCGAGCUGGAGGAUAGUCAAAUAUCUCUAUCUCGUGUGUCGAUACGUGCCUUUUAUUUAUCUGGCAGUAGUCUUAAUCCGAACACUGGAAAACUAUCCAUCGCUCGACAUGUGUCAAACAUACUACUCCCUGAAUUCAUAUCUUGGCACUGUGAUAAUUCUCUCAGCAGAAAGCAUAUUUUUUGUGCGCACAUAUGCCAUUUGGGACCGUUCAAAACGGGUAUUGUGGGUGUUCAUCAUCAGUGUCAUUUUUCUCCUGACGCCCAUAGUUGCCAUUCUCGUGAAAUACAACUCCUCGACAACCGUUACUAGCUCGAUCGCCAUUGGGAUAUCGGGUUGUUCCAAGACGGGUGAAACUACUGCUGUGCUUUUUGUAUAUGUCCUCAUGGUGAUCGCGGAGUUGGAAAUAUUGUGCUUGACAUUGUAUCGCGCCAUCGGUAAUUGCCGGCGCGAACACGGACGUGCCAACGUGCUCAAGGUUCUUGUACAGCAUAAUGUAUUCUACUUUUUGUGCGGGGUUGUGUCUUCUCUGGUGCUCAUCGUUGCGAUUGCUAUACUCCCCGCAUCAUACUCUGAUUUAGCGUCCAGCAUACAAAUCACAGCCCAUGCUGCCCUGGUCACAAGAAUGCACCGAGCGCUAUGGAGAUACAACGAAAACCAUGCCCGUUCAGACGAAUUUUCCCUGACCACAUUCAGUGCCGCCAGUAUUCCGCCAUUUCGGACUUUGCACAGUUCGACUUGCAUUCCGGUGUUUAUUUCGGCAAGCUCGGAUUUUGUGGAGAGGGUGAGAUGUAAUGAAGGGAAAUCAAAGGUCCCAAGUGAGGACGUGGCUGCGGAUAUGGAAGUCUUGGGUGGAGGAUUUCCCUGUCCUGAUCGGGUUCUUGUCAGUGUGAUUGCAGUGCUGGUGCAUGCUCCGAUGACGGACCAUACGCUCCAGCUGAUUAAGAGCUGGUGUGGUGGAAAUGCCAUUCCCAACGUCUGA